AUGGCUGGGAUUGUGAUUGAUAGUACCCCGGGCGGGGUGUUUGGCUACCAGCAGAAACUGGCGUGCCGUCGUCUCAAGGUGUCUCCCGUUGCUUUCCUUACCCGUCCGCCAUGCAAUGCAUCUGAACCCGUUGGUGCAAGGGUUGCAGGGUGCAGCGAGUACGUGGCCGCUGUGAACAGGCGCAGUGUUCCCAAGCACCAGGAUUGUGAUCUCCGCGACAAGGAAGCGUUGUCGACGCUCGCCCCUCGGUUCCCAAAUAGCUGGAACCAGGAGAGUUUUGUGGCUCGCGUCAUCGCACCCUCCCCCGAAACUCCACUGUCCGAGCCGGCAACAACCCGGUCUCGCCGAUUCUCUCCCUCUGGUGUUAGUCCCGAAGCUGCAAAGCGGCCCGUCGAGGGUUCGUCGUGGAAAUGGGGACCAGCGUCAGUUUCUUCUUCCAACCCUCAUCAAAUCCUUUUCAGAAGCUUGCUUGGCUGA